AUGUUGUGUUCAUCGACUUCAACAAAGUCCAAGUUAACAUUGGAUGAAUAUUUUAAUUAUACACAUUUUCCAUCGUUCAGUCUUUCCCCAGAUGGACAACAGUUACUUGUUCAUAUCAGACGUCUAACAUGGGAUUCCAACAACUAUGAAAAUAGCCUGUGGUUAUAUGAAACGCAAGGACGAAGAAAAAAGCUGAUCACAAAAAAAUUGUCACAAGAAUUCAAACCACAAUGGUCACCCAGCGGAAAUUGGAUUGUACUACGACAAACUGAAAAUUCAAUGACAAAUAACCAACACACUCAUUAUCACUAUCGACGUUUAUCCGAAAGUGAUGAAAAAAUCGAACAGUAUAUUUAUUUCUAUUGUGUGCUCUCAGAGCAACUCUUGUCUGUUUCAUUUGGAACAGAAAUUCUGUCCGCUCUGACAUGGUCGAGCAAUGAUUCAUCUCUUUACUUUGCUACAGUUAGGCCUUCAUCAACCAAAGAAGACGAAGAUUUAGAUGAAGCCGAAUGGAAAGAUGUGAUUCAAUAUCGAAAACGUAAAUCUCCUAUCGAUAGUACAAUCUAUCGUAUCGAUAUUGAUAGAAAAAAUCGAACACUAGUUGCGAAAAGAAAUAUUCUCAAGAACGUUUCUUUUCUAAUUGGUCAAUUAUUGUUUUCUUCAGUCGAACAAAAACUUGUAUUUACAUCCGUGGGAGGAAUUUUGGAGAGCGUCAAGGAUUUUGAAAUAUAUUCAAUUGACUUACGAAAUCUAUCAUCAUUGUCAAGAAUAACAAACAACGAAGUCAUUGAGGAUAAUCUACAAUUGUCGAGUGACGGUAAAUAUGUAUUAUUUCGGCAGAUCGGUCAAAUUUUGGCCAAAGGAAAUUUCAACAUUACACAACAACAUUUGUAUUCCGUAGAUUUAACGAACGGGCAAAUCGAACGUCUAGCAAGGAAUUUCAAUGGUAAUAUCGUGGAAUACGCGACGAGAUCCGAUGGUGUCUACAUACUUGGACAACUAGGUACAAAUGUGCACAUCUACACACAACAAUCACCGGAAAGGUAUUCAGUUCUGCAACAUGGAUGGAAUGGAACGUAUGAAUCUAUUACAUUAUCAUCAAAUCAGAACGGUUCAUUAGCAUUCCUCUAUUCAUCAUACAGACAACCAAAAGAAAUUUAUUUUAUUCGCAAUCUAAACAAACUCGAAUCAGCAAAAGCAAUAACAAAUGAAAAUAAACUGUUGACUCAAAUAAAUUUACCGCAAAAUAAAGUAUAUAAAUGGACUAGUGAUGUAGAUGAUCGUGCAAUUGAAGGAAUUUUACAUUAUCCACCUGAAAAAUUUGAAUCGAAAAAUCUACCACUUCUUGUUCUCCUUCACGGUGGUCCAUAUGCAGCAAGUAUCAAUCAAUUUGAUGGAAGCGCAGCUUCUUUGACUCUAUUGGCAGCAUCGGAAGGUUGGCUAGUGUUAGAACCGAACUAUCGAGGAUCAACCGGAUAUGGUGAUCAGUUUCUUAAUGAAAUUCGUUAUUAUCCUUUAUCUUUACCAGGCAGAGAUAUACUUUCAGGAGUCGAUCGUCUGAUAAAAGAUGGUAUUGCUGAUCCAAAUAGUCUUGCAGUAGGUGGUUACAGCUAUGGUGGCUUUUUAACGAACUGGUUAAUAACACAAACCACACGUUUCAAGGCUGCUCUGACUGGGGCCGGUUCUAUUGAACAUGUCUCUACUUGGGGUACAAUGGAUUUACCUGCGUCAAUCAGCUAUUUAUUUGGCGGAUUUCCAUGGGAAGUACCUCAUAUAUAUCAAGCUGAAUCUCCUAUUUACCACUUAGCAAAAGUACGUACACCCACGCAUAUAAUAACAGGUACAGAUGAUACUCAAAUUCCUGCUGAUCAAAGCUACAUACUGGAACGUGGGCUACAUUACUUAGGAGUACCUGUGAAACUAUUACUUUUUCCCAACGAAGGACACUCGCCGUGGAUCAAUCCUUGGCAUUUAAAAAUCAAAGUUCGAGAAGAACUCAAAUGGUUACAAACAUAUGGGCGUAAAUCUUUGACUACAACAAUAAUAUGA